UAUCACGUCAGCGCCAGGUCCAAAAACAAAAACAGACCACUUGGCACGAUUCCCAGUGAACAUUGAUUUUUCAUCCCAACUUUUUUUGGGAGUCCGCCCACGUAGCGACUAUCGAUCGGUUGGCCAACCUGGACCUGAACCAGCUUCACCCGGUAUGUGAUGGCUCUCGAGCUGAGUAUUCUGACCCUCAACAUUUGGGGAAUUCCGUACGUUUCCAAAGACCGAGCGGUGCGCGUUGAAGCGAUCGGUGAGGUGCUGGCCAGUGGAAACUAUGACAUCGUUUCGCUGCAGGAGGUCUGGUCCGAGUCGGACUAUCGGUACCUGAAAGAGCGCGCUGCAGCCGCGCUGCCAUUUGCUCAUUACUUCUACAGUGGCGUCGUCGGGUCCGGGUUGGCCGUGCUGUCUAAGUAUCCGAUCGUGUCGGCCUUCUUUCACGCGUGGUCGGUCAACGGGUACGUGCACCGGAUUCAGCAUGGCGACUGGUUCGGCGGGAAGGGCGUCGGGUUCGUCAAGAUAUCCGUCAACGAGCAGCUGGUGCACGUGUAUGCGGCUCAUCUCCACGCCGAGUACGAUCGCAGCUGCGAUGACUACAUGGCUCACCGGGUGAUUCAGGCGUACGACACGGCUCAAUUUAUUGAAAGCACGCAAGGAAACGGUGUCCUGCAGGUUCUGGCCGGUGAUCUGAACACCGAACCGGGUGAUCUGGCCUACCGAGUGUUGCAGACCUGUUCUCGGCUGACCGAUUCAGCUGACAAGAAGAUGUAUGCCUCCGGCGAUCUCAACACGAACGAAAUCGCCCGUAACAGUUACACCGAUCCAGAAGCGGCCAAAAAGAGCCCCAAAGGAAAGCGAAUCGACUACAUAAUGUACCGAUUCGGAAGUCAUUACGAGGGUAAACUUCUCGAACAUCGCCUCCCACUGCCCGAUCGUAUCCCCGGAAAGGACAUCAGCUACUCCGAUCACGAGGCCGUCUACGCCAAGAUCAUCAUGAAAAAGACCAGCUCGACGUCGGCGAUUCACCAUCUGAUGUCGUGCAGCGGCAAGUCGGACCAAGGUGAUAGCUGUGAAAACAGCGACCAGGAAUCGAUUCUAGCCCUUCGUGAAAGCAUCGUGAUCUGCAACGAAAGCCUGAAACAGCUGGAAUCGCACAGGCGCAGCUACACCCUGAUGGCGAUCGCCGUGAUCGUCGUUUUGCUCAAUAUGAUUGAACUGGAAGCGCCGUACGGGCUUAAAACUGCCUAUUUGCUGUUGAAAUUUCUGCUCUGUGGCUUCAUCAUCUUUUUCGUCUUUAUGGCCACCAUUUGGAACGUUAUGGAGAGGCACGGCAUACUGGCCGGCAAGCUGUCGAUGGAGAUCGCACUGAAGGGGUACAAAGAUCUGGGCGGGAUCGGAGGCGGUGACGGGGGAGAGAAAUUUGCUCACAAAAUUUAGCGCGCACUGGGUUAUUGGUAGGAAAAGAAAAGUUAGUUUUUAUGCACUUUUAGUAGAGAGACAUUGACCUAAAGUUUAUAUCUACUGUAAAGGUUUUAUUCUAAAACGAAAACAAAACGUUGAUAUCAAUAUUACUCAUUCCUGUAUUUUGAGAGGUCCAACUGAUACGUAUUUCCUGCUCCAGUCUUUAUAAAAGAUCCUAAGAAAUAAAUUAAGCGUCACAAUCCAACAAUCAAAAUAA